AUCCGCUUCUUUUCCUCUUUUCUUUGCUGUGAUCAAAGAAGGGUUGGUUGGCAUGGAAGAUAACUCAAUGCCUGAGAGUGCUAAUAAGCAUCUCGCUGACGCAGCCGACAUGCUGAACCCUUGUUUUGAAAGUCUCAACUUUGCAUCACCACCUAAAAUCUUACAACAAGUCCCUCUCCAUCACCAGCAUUUCGAACCCAUUACUCCGGAUACCAGUGUUCCCAACAGUCCGACGUUUGGAAAACACAAUCUCGACUUUACAACUCUAUCACCCACUCCACUGUCACCGGCCAACCUCUCUCCCACAUUUGAAACGGCCGAACCCAUUUUUCAUCGUCCUCCACCCUAUCAUCAUCAUGGCCGGCCUCGAUCACAAUUGAUUCAAGCCCAUAGCUAUCUGGAUGACAAGGACAGCAGUGAUGAAAGCAAGCAAUCUCAACGACCUACCUCAUACUCUCCCCCAUCGAUGUCUCCUCGCGAAACGGGUUAUCAGCAGACUCCCGCAUCUUCAUUCUCUACAUCCAAAAGGGACUCCUCCUCUCCGCGCCAGUCAUCUCAACCUCAACUAAGGGAUGUAGAAACCCCCCCUUAUUACUCACGACCUUCAUCACCAUCAUCAUCGUAUGGAUCGACCGAGUCAAAUAGCCCAGUGCCCAAAUCAUCUCUCACCAUACGACCCCCUACUCCGUCGCAAUUCAUAUUCAAGAAGCCUGAAUACAACCUCCAUUACCAGACAACGCACUACCAUCACAGUGAAAGUUCACCUAAAUCCCCUGGAAUUUUUCAUGAAUUACGACGAUUUUUCGGCGGCACGCUGGAUACCGUCACAUCAAGAGACGGCGCGGAAAGCGUUUGUUCAGAUGAUGCAGCUAGUGUCAAAACCACCAACAGCCGAAGCAGUGAAAUUAGCUUUGCCAACAAAUUCAAUGAUAAUCUGGAGGGCAAAUACGGGAAGUGGGGCCGCUUUAUAGGCAAAGGCGCCGGAGGCUCGGUUCGGCUGAUCAGAAGAAGCUCUGAUCAGAAGACGUUUGCUGUCAAACAGUUCAGAAAGCGACAUCCUACCGAGACUGAAAAGGAAUACGUGAAAAAAGUCACUGCCGAAUUUUGUAUUGGUUCAACAUUACACCAUACUAAUGUCAUUGAAACCCUGGAUAUUAUUCAAGAAGGCCUUUCGUUUUACGAAAUUAUGGAGUAUGCGCCCAACGAUUUGUUCAGCGUGGUGAUGAGCGGCAUGAUGUCAAGAGAAGAAAUUGUGUGCUGCUGGCGACAAGUUCUUAGCGGAGUCGAAUAUAUCCAUUCCAUGGGCAUCGCUCAUCGAGACUUGAAACUUGACAAUCUGGUCAUCGAUGGCUUAGGCAUUGUCAAAUUGAUUGAUUUUGGCUGUAGCUGCGUGUUCAGACACCCCUUUGAAACCAAAGUGACCAUGUGCAAAGGGAUUUGUGGUUCUGAUCCGUAUAUAGCCCCUGAACAAUAUGUACAACCAUCCUAUGACGCUUGUUUGAACGACGUGUGGUCUUGCGGCAUUAUCUUUGUAUGCAUGAGUAUACGCCGAUUCCCUUGGCGUAUUCCUCGGCCAACGCAUGAUGCUGCGUUCAAGGCUUUCAUCAACCCUUCUGGUCAAGGUGCUUAUCGUUUACUCAAGCUUCUUCCUCGAGAGUCCAGAAAUAUCCUGGGUCGAAUUCUUCAAGUGGAUCCUGCCAAACGGUGUAGUUUGGAAGAAGUGUUACAAGACCCUUGGUUGGCGAAUGUAGAUCGAUGCACUUUGGAGACACCCGGCGACCGACAUAUCCACCACGUCAUUGUACCACCUGGACCAGACGGCCACAAAAGAGGGAACAUCGUCACCAUUGCUGCUGAAGCACCAGGCGCAGUGGCUGACAAAGAAAAGCGAAAACAAGCUGCUUCAGGAGCCAUUUCACCUGUACGACCUCCAAUGCCACCCAGACGUCAAAGUGGCUACGCUUCAGGGAAACCUGUGCGUAACACCUAAAAUUUGAACUUUCUAUCCCAACUAUUUGUCAAAUAUUCCCCCCAUCGCAAUAAUACCACUCACUCAACAUGUAAACAUCUACAACAACUUACUAUUUUACCACCAUAACCGUUUUUUUCUUAUCAUUCAUCCAAAAAAGCUCUGUUUGCUUUUUUGUUCCAACAACAGCUUCUAUUUUUUCUUUUACUCCUCUUCCCCCCUUGUACAUCAACUUUUCAAAGUAUUGUUACUAUUCAU